UAUCUAAUAAUAUGUACGAUAAUGUAUAUACUACGUAUUAUGUAAAUAAAUUAAUAUGUAUCAUUACUCCUUCAAAUAGUAAAUUCUAUAGUCAGUCAUUGCCGAAUUAAAACUUUAAGGUGUUUGAAAUAAUCUACCUACCUUAAGUAAUUAUGUUAUAUCCAAUUUUUAACCUUGAAUUCUUUGUUUCGAAAUUGGUUUCGAAACUUUCAAAAGCGUCUUUAUUCAUAAUUUAAGUUCUAGCCAAAGUAUAACGAAAUUGUAAACUUUUCAUAAAAAAUUGAUUAAAAAGGGAAGAGUAAAAAAAAUAGUAGUAAAGAGUUUUACAAGAUCUUUUUACUGAACCGUUUAAAAAAAAAUGUAAAAAGCUUAUUUGUUUUGAUUGUUUUUGAAUAUUUUUAGUCGUUUUAGUCACCCAAAUUUUGUAUUAUCUAAUACAAUGCCAGUCACGUGUAGAGUCCAUCACCAUUUUAGACGUCAAUAUCUCUGCUUUCUCCACUUCUUUGCUAUUUGUACUGAGCCGGAGCAACCCAAACUGUUUUAUGUUAUUUACUUUUUUUAUUAUUAUUAAUAUGUUUAUUUACUGUUGAAUGUGUAUGCGUUAUUAAAUAAGGAUACAACGGGCCUCUAUGUAACGUUUUCUUUCUAUUCCUGUACGGAUUGCCUUUUCAAUUCACUCACGCACUCUAUCAUUAUAUACAUCUUUAUGGUUAUAAAACGCGCGUUAGAUCAGUACGAACAAAUGAAUUGCACUUAAUGAUCUCUAUUUUUACUACGAAAUAAAAGAGAUUCACAUAAAAAAGACAAAUGAAGCCCCUUUUUGUUGCUUCCAGAUAUGUUGGAUGCAUUUAAUUUAUAUUUGCCACAAAAUCAUGUAUACAAACAUAUCAACAGCAUGUGUAAAUUUGCUGAAUGUAUUAAUAUAUUUCAAGAAGAAAUUUAAAGUAUGUGAAAUAAACGCUUACAUUUUGAAUAAAAAUAUUCAUUUCCUAUAUUUUAUACCGGAAACGGUAAUCUUAUUUGAAAACUCUGGUAAUUCUGGUAACAAAGAUAUGCAAUCUAAUUUGAAGUAUCAAAUUAUCAUUAGAUUUUUAUAUAAACCACUCUAUUUCUAUUUAACUCGUAUUUUUAUCGCUUGUAUGAUAAAUGACGUGAUUAAGUGUUUUGAUCUUAUUAGACUAUCUUACGCGGAAAAGAUUGAGAAAUGUUUACAAUACCCAGAUAAGGAAGCUCUUCAGGAAAUUUCACAAGGAGAUAAUUAUUUAUGACCAUUAUAACAAGCAACGCAAUAACAUUAACCGUGCUUAUUUUUGUUAGAGUUGUUAUCGACAUGUAGAGUAUGAGAAUUCUGUAAACAACUUGCAAAUCAUGUGAAUUUCUUCGACAUCUUCGACUGAAUGUUUAAUCAUCACAAAGUAUAUGUAUUUACUGUAGAAAAUUGUCAAACAGAAUUUUCAUCAAUGAAAAAUCAAUUUUUCUAUGUUCCAAAAUAAAUCUCUCCACCAGAGAAAAACAUAUUUAUUAUUCAGACUAUUUUCUUUAUUUAUUAAAAAUAAUCUUUUUGCUCGAGUAUUUAAAGCGAGUAACUUGAAUCUAGAGAUACAAAAGAGGUUAUUGCAUAAACAAUUUACAUCGAUAGUUGGACACCUAUAUUUCCAUAUUUUAGAAUAUUUAACACGAAUUGAUUUCUUUUUAACUAAAAGUUACCACAAACUGAAUUUCAACACGGAUAGAAGAAUACAUGCGGGUGCUAAAUAGGAUAAUAAUAGAAUAGCUACUUUAUCGAAAAUUGAAUCAUGUGCAACAUAUAUAUACGUUCAAUUACAGACUGAUAGAUACAUGAUCAGAUAUACCUGAACGUGUUAUCAUUCAUUCAUAUCAUUCAUUUACCCAGAUAAUUCACGUUUAGCGAAUAACUGAUUUGCUACAAAAGGGCAAGUGUGCUCAUUCAUCAUUAUCAGUACGCCAAGACGUGAUAUACCAAGUGGAUCGAUACUUUUCCUUCUUAUUCAGAAACAUGAAGACGUUCGUUUUUCUUUGCCUAUUGUUUGUGACUGUCUGUUCUGCACAGAGAUUCCCCAACGACAUAUUAAAUCAGGCAAUGAAUGCUAUAAAAAAUGCUAAAAGCUCGGUUGACAGUGUCAUGUUAGAUUUGAAACACUCUCAGAGGAACAUUGGCUUAAACGGAAAAAAUGAAAUUAGCAACCUUUAUGUUCAAGCUGGUCAGAACAUUAACUCAAUUCUAAAAACUCGUCUUGAUUAUAUCAAGGAAAAGUCACAAGAAGCAAAGGAGUCAGGUAAGAAUGCUGAAGAUUGUUUUAAUGACGUCACAAAGAAUUUGAAGGACGCCGGUCAAACAGGGUAUAAUCAACUCGAUAACUGCAAAAACAUAGCAAAUAAAAAUUUGGACACAGAACUGCAAGCAUUUGACAACGAGCAAGCAAAUGGACAGAGAUUAAAAAAUCAAUUAGAUCAGGUUGCCUUGGGAUGCAUGGGUUCUUCUAAUUCUGUACAAGUCGCAAGUUGUAUACUUAUGAAAGUAGGAGCCAUCAAUCAGGAGAUUCGUCAAUACCAACAAAGAGCUUCACAACUGAACACGAAUACAGAAAGGAAUAAAAAUGCAAUUACUUUGCAACAAAGAUCUUGCAAUAGUGAUGCCAUCUCCAUAGUUCAAAAUGCAUCUACUAAAGCCAUAUAUGCCGCAGCUGAUUGUCUUAAAAACUAAAACGAAUAGGUCUUAAACUUUAAAUCCAUAGAAUGUUGAAUUGAAAAUUAAAUUUGUCGAUUAUAAAAUAAAACUCAUAAAUUAACGCCUACACCUCUAUGACAUCGUAAUGAACUAUCCUAUCAUUUGCUUUGCUCAUGCUAGAAUACGUCUGAGAUAUUGUUAACCAAUGGCACUGGAGACACCCUAUGUAUCUCUACA